GCCCAACAGGUACCUCGCAAAUGUCUCGUCAGUCCUCUUUCAUCUCAACCUCUCAUAUCGCGACUUCUUACCAGAGUCUCACCUGAAACCACCCAUCAAAGCAUCAAAUAAUCUCUAAGCCACAUCAUAUGCAGACCUCAUAGAACAACGCAAGUCUACAUCUCCCUUUCAGCUAUACUACUUUGGAUACCGAGGCAUUUUCUUCCCAUCAAGGCCAUCAUGACAGCAAAAACCAUCUGCCGCGCCUGCCACCGCGCAGCUCUUUCAACCUCCUCGGUCCUCUCGGCCAGCUCCAGCUCCAACUCCAACUCCAGCCAGCCAUCGACCCGUGAUCUCUCCCGGUCACGAUCUUUUACAACCGAAACCUUCCCUCAAUCCACCGCCCGCGGCGGCUCCUCCAAACUCUCUCCACCAUCACAAAUCGACCCAUCAGUCAUCCUCACCACGCCAACCUGGUCCGUCCGCUCUCUUCUUCCUCCAUCAUCCACACCAUCCUCAUCAACCCAACCCGAUGAAAGCGAAAUAACCCCCCAAACUCUGCACCACCUCGCCCGCCUCUCUGCCCUCCCCCCGCCCUCCGCCUCCGACCCUGCCUCCACCACCCGCCUUCUCUCAGCUCUGCACUCACACCUGCACUUCGUGCGGGCCAUCCAAUCGGUGGAUACCACGGAUCCUUCAGAUCAAGCCAAGGAGCUGGCGCCCUUGAGUUCGAUCCGGGAUGAGUCUCCGGAGGGACUGGCGGACAUCACAAUUGAUCUGAAGAUGCUUGAAGGGGCGCUGGCGGAGGAGGAUAUUGUUGGUCAUUGCCGGCGGCCGAGGCGGAGAAAGAUGGAGGAGCCGAAAGAAAAGAAGAAAAAUGAGGCUGAGGAUUGGGAUGUGUUGGGAUCAGCUGAGCAAAAGGUUGGGAGAUACUUUGUUGUCAGGAGUGGGAAGAAGGGGGAGUAGAUGAUCAAGGGGGAAAUGGCUGAAGUUCGUCUCGCGCCCUGGAGAAGAUAGAAGGGCUGUGGUCUGCGUGGGCUGACUAUAUAAGAGGGCUAUGGAUCUGCUAACUGAUGCCGAACAGUGGGGAGCCUGGAAGAUUUGGAAUAGGCCGGGAAAGGCGUUGUUAUAACACGCAGGGCCGGGACUUUUAGGCCUUUCAGGGAAUCGCGUCAGAUGCCCAGCCUGUUUGCAUUGGGAGUUCAAGUCUUCCAAGGGGUAUUCAUGGGACAAAAAUCACUGAGUGAGGGACUACGUUGUUGCGUUGUUGCGAUGCAAGCGCCACACUACAAUAUCUGUUUGCUGUACCAUACUAAGUGUGUCCUACCCAGAUGAUCCACAUCGGUCACCAGAGAUUACUCUGGUAUAGAAAGCUAACUGAACUGAAGCUAAUCCUACAACUACUUAGAUAACGUACGAAUUCUGUC